AGAGAGGAAAUUAGAGUGAUUGUCUGGGCUGGGCAACAUGUCGACAACAAACAACGUGGUGGUUCUAGACAACGGCGGCGGCCUCAUAAAAGCGGGGCUGGGUGGCGAACGCGACCCCUCCGCCAUUCUCCCAAACUGCCUCUACCGUCCCCCAGCCUCCAAAAAAUGGGUCCACCCAAACCCCCUGAACUCUGGCAACCAAGACCUGACCUCCGCUGCCGUGCGCCGCCCCAUGGACCGAGGGUACCUCAUAAACCCAGACCUUCAGCGCGAAAUCUGGUCCCACCUAUUCUCUUCCAUACUGCACAUAAACCCUUCCAACUCCUCUCUCCUCCUCACCGAACCCGUCUUCACUCUUCCCUCCAUCCAACGCUCCCUCGACGAACUCGUCUUCGAAGACUUCAACUUCCGCUCCCUCUACGUCGCCCACUCCCCCUCCCUCGUUCACCUCUACCAGACCACCCAGAGGCCCAAUGAGCUUCUCUCCAAGGCCCAAUGCAGCCUCGUCGUCGACUCCGGCUUCUCCUUCACUCACGCCUCCCCCGUCUUCCAAAACUUCACCCUUAAUUACGCCGUCAAGCGAAUCGAUUUGGGCGGCAAAGCCCUCACCAAUUACCUCAAGGAACUCGUCUCCUUCCGCUCCGUUAACGUCAUGGAGGAGACCUUCAUCAUCGACGACGUCAAAGAGAAGCUCUGCUUCGUUUCCCUCGACCUGCAACGCGACCUCAACAUUGCAAGGAAGAGUGGAAAAGAGAAUCUCUUGAGGUGCACCUAUGUGCUUCCGGAUGGUGUUACCUACACGAAAGGGUUUGUUAAGUAUCCGGAUCAGGCGCGGCAAUAUCUUAAACUGGCGGAGGGUGGUGUUCCUUCUUCUCCCCCGGUGGAUACCGACGGGGAUACGAAAAUGGCGGCAUUUGCUGAGCAGCCGGAGGACAGGAACAGAGUAGAUUUGAUGAAAAAUGAAUUUGACUUGACAAACGAACGGUUUCUUGUCCCAGAGAUGAUAUUCCGUCCUGCUGAUUUGGGAAUGAACCAGGCUGGGCUAGCAGAAUGCAUUGUGCGAGCUGUUGAUUCUUGCCAUCCACAUCUCCACCCUGUACUCUAUGAAAGCAUCAUUUUAACUGGUGGAAGCACCUUAUUUCCUCAGUUUGCUGAGAGACUAGAGAAGGAGCUUCGGCCUCUAGUUCCUGAUGACUUUCAUGUGAAGAUAACUACUCAAGAAGAUCCCAUACUCGGUGUUUGGCGUGGAGGGUCACUGUUGGCAUCGAGUCCAGAUUUUGAAGCAAUGUGUGUGACCAAGUCUGAGUAUGAGGAGCUUGGUUCUGCUAGAUGUCGCAAGAGAUUCUUUCAUUAACUAUACAUGCUGUCAGCAUGGCUACCCUGAUAUACUUCCUCACAAUGGCACGAGAGAGAAGAUAGUGGAGCCGGUGCAAGAAGUGUGCAAAUAUGGAGAAGAUUGAUUGAUCCCACUGUACAUUAUUGCAUGGUUGAGCCAAUUUUCUGGCCUCAUCUUUCCAACGGAUUCUUAGUUGGAACCAAGGUGUUGAUUUUGGAUUAUCAUUGUCUCUGGGAAGUGUUUAUUUGAGAGGCUAUGCA